CAUAUUUGAACAAAGACACGCGAGACUAAGCGCCUCGUUGGUUGACAUUUGUACUACGUGGCUUAGAUUACGGUUCGUUAUCCAGAAGGAAAGCUUUGUUACUUCAUCUGAUCUGUGCUGUGGGAUGAUUUCAGCUAAAAUCUGCAGAAUGGCGGAAGCACUUCCUAUGCAAAAAUCUGUAAAUAUUGGACAAGCUUUGAAGGACACCCUUAUACAAGCACUCGCUGAUGAUAGACUUGUUAUAGGAGUGAUGGCCUGUGCUAAACUUUUGGAAAUAAGCCCGGAGAGCGUGAUGGUUUGUAUUUUACCUGCCUCCGUCCCAAGUCAUGACGUCACGUUCCACAUCCAGCAAACUCUUGUAGAAGCCUUCUGUGUAGAACAUUGCAUCCCUAUACUUAAGAUUGGUGACUCGGAAAAGCUGGCCAUGACCUUGACAGAGAGACAGGAUGCAGCCAAUAAUAAUAACGACAGACCGGAGGACGGGGAUAGGGACCUCACCUGUCUGCUAGUUCAGAAUCCGGAAGUAAAAAGUCAUUCUGACCAAUUUGUCACGGAGUUCUGUGAAAGGAUUUUUCUUACGCAUCCCAGAAUAGAGUUACCCGUGUGAUAUUAGAGGCUGAUUAUUUCCGUAAAAAAUCAGGAUGUGUCUGAACGAAUUCAUCGUGAUGGCUGGUUCCUUACAUAGUUCGGUUGACCCCGUUCUAUGGCGGACGGAAUGUAACGCCAGGACCACGUGUCCCUUUAGAAGGGGGCGUGGUUAAGCGUAAGAAGAGGACUCCAAAAAGGCGGAAGUUGAUGUCACAAAUGACCCGCAGAUACUUAGCUGCAGUCUAAAGUUUAUUAAACUGUUAUGGAUUUAAAUGAAUAAAGGAUAUUUUUUCAGCA